AUGAGUGAUAAUCAAUCGAAAAACACUGCAAGUAAUAGUAAUGCAAUAUCAAUAAUAUCAGAUCUGAAACCAGAUGGGAUAUCAACUUCCCCAAAGAAUGAUCUUCUAUCAUCACAAUUAACCAAUGAAAGACGAUCAUCAUCAAGUAUAACAUCCAAACCACAAUUACCAUUACCACCAAUAACUCAAAUAAGAAGAAAAAGAAGAAAACAGAAAUUAUUUACCAAAGAUAUUGAGAAUUUAUUAUAUGCCAUGGGAGAUCGUCCAGUAUCUACUGAUUUAACCAUAAAUGCUCUUGAAGAUAUCCUUGUUGAAUAUUUAGUUGAUUUAUCCCUGAAUAUCUUAAGAUUUGCUCGAUCACAAGGGAGAUCAAGAAUUAAAAUGAAUGAUUUAGCAUUUAGUUUAAGAAAUGAUCCAUUAAAAUUAGCUAGAUUUCAAUAUAUUAUUGAACAAAGUUAUAAAAUUGAAAGAGCAAAGAAAAUGUUUGAAGAUAAAACUACAAAUUAUACUGAUGAAGGAGUUGGGAUUAGAGAGAAUGAUGAUGAGAACAAUGAAGAUGGAGAUGAUGAUGAUGAUAAUAUGGGUGGUAGUAAUAGUAGUCAACAUCAACAACAACUAUCAAGUGAUUCAAAGAAAAAGAAGAGAAAAGUUACUGGGAAUGUAAUGCUUAAAAAGAAAAAGAAAGAUCUUUAA